AUGAACACUACAAAAAGAUCACGAAGGCCCAUGCAGAUGAUGAGUACGUCAUGCCUCCAGACGAAGCUCGGUGGGAACAAGUGCAUUCGGCUAUUGAGACUUGAGAGAUAUGAGAAUGAGCGAAAGUUGCUGGAGAAAUACCUCGAGAAAGGCAAAUGCACGGUUGGUUGCGUGAGGGCUGCUUCCGGCCUCGAGGACAAGCAGGCCAAGGACCCCCACAGAGUUCCCUCAAUCCUGGACUGGGCCCUCGUACGGCCGCUCAACCAUCUGAACCGCGCCGUUGGUACAAACAAGAUCGCUUCUGUCACCUCUGGUCCCAGUUCCCUGACAGGGUUCGAAGUUCGUGAGCUACAGGCUGAUGAGCUACUGGGCAAAGUGGGCUACGUUACAGGCUUACUCGGGGCAAUUACUCUGGCCUCCGGGCAGUCUCAAUUGCGACCAGGGGAACUUCCACUCGAGGACCGUGGCGACUCUGGGUCACUUGUUUUCGAUCCCACCGGCAUCGUGCUGGGUAUGUGCUUUGGAGGAACCGAAACUGGCGAUCUCUUGUAUUUCACGCACAUUGGAGACGUGCUCGAAAGUAUUCGGGAAGUCACCGGUGUCCGUGACAUACGUCUUCGGGCUUGA